AUGGCGGAGGCGGCUUUGGACGCUGUGCGGAGGGAGUUACGAGAAUUCCCGGCUGCGGCAAGGGAGCUCAGCGUGCCUCUUGCUGUUCCCCACCUGGACGAGCCCCCCAGUCCCCUCCACUUCUACCGGGACUGGGUCUGCCCCAACAGGCCCUGCAUCAUCCGAAACGCCCUGCAGCACUGGCCAGCCCUCCAGAAGUGGUCCCUCCCCUACCUCAGAGCCACUGUGGGCUCCACAGAGGUGAGUGUGGCAGUGACCCCAGAUGGCUACGCGGAUGCCGUGCGGGGGGACCGCUUUGUGAUGCCUGCUGAGCGCCGCCUGCCCCUGAGCCAUGUGCUGGACGUGCUGGAGGGCCGAGCCCAGCACCCUGGGGUUCUCUACGUGCAGAAGCAGUGCUCCAACCUGCCCACCGAGCUGCCCCAGCUGCUGCCUGAUGUGGAGCCCCAUGUGCCCUGGGCCUCUGAGGCACUGGGGAAGAUGCCUGAUGCUGUGAACUUCUGGCUGGGAGAGGCAGCUGCAGUGACAUCGUUGCAUAAGGACCAUUAUGAGAACCUCUACUGUGUGGUCUCGGGAGAGAAGCACUUCCUGCUGCAUCCACCCAGUGACCGGCCCUUCAUCCCCUAUGAACUGUACACACAGGCAACCUAUCAGUUAACCGAAGAGGGCUCAUUCAAGAUGGUGGAUGAAGAGGCCAUGGAGAAGGCAAAGGUGCCUGGGACCUGCUUACUCACUAUUCGUGUCCUGCAGGCCCGUGGCCUGCCCUCCAAGGACCUUGUGACCUCCUCUGACUGCUACGUGACCCUGUGGCUGCCCACGGCCUCCAGCCACCAGCUGCAGACGCGCACAGUCAAGAACUGCAGAAACCCUGUCUGGAAUCAGAGCUUUCACUUCCGAAUCCAUAGCCAGAUCAAGAACAUCGUGCAUCUUAGAGUCUUUGACCAGGACCUUCUGACCACGGAUGACCCUGUGUUGUCAGUGCUGUUUGACGUGGGGACCUUGCGGGCUGGGGAGACCCGGCGCAAGAGCUUCUCGCUGAGCCCUCAGGGUGAGGAAUGCCUGGAAGUUGAAUUUCGGCUGCAAAAUCUGACUGAUGGCGCUGAGUGCCUCUUCAGCAAUGGCAUCCUAGUGGCCCGGGAGCUCUCCUGCUUGCAUGUUCGACUGGAGAAGGCAGGGGACUUUCAGGAGUCGGAGGGCAGAGUUCAGCUUGUGGUUCCUGGGUCCUGUGAGGGUCCACAGGAAGCCUUCGUGGGUGCCGGCUCCUUCCGCUUCCAUUGGCCGGCCUGCUGGGAGCAGGAGCUGAGUAUUCACCUGCAGGAUGCCCCCCAAGAGCAGCUGAAGGUGCCCCUGAGGGCUCUGCCCUCUGGCCAAGUGGUGCGACUCGUCUUCCCUACGUCCCAGGAGCCCCUGAUGAAAGUGGAGCUGAAAAAUGAAGAAGGACCCAGGGAACUGGCUGUGCGGCUGGGCUGCGGGCCCUGUGCUGAGGAGCAGGCCUUCCUGAGCAGGAGGAAGCAGGUGGUAGCCAAGGCCCUGCAGCAGGCCCUGCAGCUGGAUGGAGACCUGCGGGAAGAGGAGAUUCCAGUGGUUGCUGUUAUGGCCACUGGUGGUGGUAUCCGGGCCAUGACCUCACUGUAUGGACAGCUGGCUGGCCUAAAGGCGCUUGGCCUCUUGGAUUGUGUCUCCUACAUCACGGGGGCCUCGGGCUCCACCUGGGCUUUGGCCAACCUCUACGAGGAUCCAGAGUGGUCUCAGAAGGACCUGGCAGGGCCCAUCGAGUCACUGAAGACCCAGGUGACCAAGAGCAAGCUGGGUGUGCUAGCCCCCAGGCAGCUACUGCGGUACCAGCAGGAGCUGGCUGAGCGUGCCCGCCUGGGCCACCCGACCUGCUUCACCAACCUGUGGGCCCUCAUCAACGAGGCGCUGCUACAUGACGAGCCUCAUGACUACAAGCUCUCAGACCAGCGGGAGGCCCUGAGUCGAGGCCAGAACCCCCUGCCCAUCUACUGUGCUCUCAACACCAAGGAACAGAAUCUGACCACCUUUGAAUUUGGGGAGUGGUGUGAGUUCUCCCCGUAUGAGGUCGGCUUUCCCAAGUACGGCGCCUUUAUCCCCCCCGAGCUCUUCGGCUCUGAGUUCUUCAUGGGGCGCCUGACAAAACAGCUUCCUGAGUCCCGCAUCUGUUUCCUAGAAGGUAUCUGGAGCAACCUGUACGCAGCCAACCUCCAGGACAGCCUGUACUGGUCAUCCGAGCCCAGCCAGUUCUGGGACCGCUGGGCACAAGCUCGAGCUAGCCUGGAAAAGGAGCAGGUCCCUCUUCUGAAGAUAGAAGAGCCUCCCACGGUGGCCGGCAGGAUAGCGGAGGUUUUCACCGACCUUCUGACGCGGCGUCCACUUGCCCAGGCCACCCACAAUUUCCUACGUGGCUUCUCCUUCCACAAGGACUAUUUCCAGCAUCCUCACUUUUCUGCCUGGAAAGCUACCAAACUGGACGGCCUCCCCAACGAGCUGACACCUGCAGAGCCCUACCUUUGCUUGCUGGAUGUUGGGUACCUUGUCAAUACCAGCUGCCCACCCCUCCUGCCGCCCACACGGGACGUGGACCUCAUCCUGUCACUAGAUUACAAUCUCCAUGGAGCCUUCCAGCAGCUGCAGCUUCUGGGUCGGUUCUGCCAGGAGCAGGGCAUCCCGUUCCCGCCCAUCUCGCCCAGCCCCGAGGAGCAGUGCCAGCCCCAAGAGUGCCACCUUUUCUCGGACCCCACCCGCCCUGACAUCCCUGCCGUGCUGCACUUCCCUCUGGUCAAUGCCUCCUUCAGGGACCACUCUGCCCCUGGGGUCCGACGGACAGCCGAGGAGCAGGCGGCUGGGGAAGUGAACCUGUCUGAAUCCGACUCCCCCUACCACUACUCGAAGGUGACCUACAGCCUGGAGGACGUGGACAAGCUGCUCCGCCUGACGCAGUACAACAUUUGCAACAACCAGGAGCGGCUGCUGGAGGCCCUGCGUGAGGCCAUGCAGAGGCGGAGGCAGCGCACGCAGCGCCGGCCCGAGUGAUGGGCGGGAUGGGGCCGCGUCCAGCCCCAUGGCCCCCGACUCUCUUUGAGGCUCACUUCUUGGCCGCCUUGCUGUUCUGGUUGAGUUGGGGUGACCACCAGCUUCCGGAACCUCUAGCGGUUUGGACGGCCCAGUUGUGGUCUCCAGCCCUCCGAGGGGCUCCCCAGGGUGCACUGCCUGGCACUAUCCAGACAUUGAAUCCACCGGCACCCCUGCUGUGGGCACCCUGGGGUAGGUGGAGGAUUUUAAAUGGGGGCUGUGGCCUGGUCUCCAGGAUGUGGCCAGAGAUUCAGAGGUUCUGGGCAGUGUGGGCCAUAUUUGUAUAGGCACACAGAGCCCCAUGACCUGGUGUGUCCUUUUGCUUCCUUGCUACCUUGAGUAGCUAGCUGUACAGGGUGAAAUAGAGCACUUUAUGUAUCACAGAGAUGCAUACAAAUGUGAGGUGUGACAGAUUACUGUUACUGCUGCCGAAAAGGGAGAGGGCAUCCCACCUCUUGGUUAAGCAUGGUAAGGACGGGUGUAGAAAACAAAACCUCUCCCGAGGCGCCUUGCAGAGCGGGCAGGUCAGCUUGGGCUUCCCUUGCAGAGCAGGCUGUGAGCUCAUGGCCGUGUCUGUUCCACCCAAGAUCACGCUCUUCAAGCAGAGAGGAGGCCAUCUUGGCCAGGGUAUCGGGGGUGGGCCUUGCUGCUGCAGCUCUGGCCCUGCCCAGAUGACUCACAGGUAAUGCCAGCCAGCACUCCUGUC